UCAGCAACUUAUAGCGGGACUGCAGCGGACAUUCUGACACUGGGGGAACUGACUUGGUGUCACUGACAUCCCCAGUGACACCAAUACAGUGAUCAGUGCUAAAAACAAACACUGACACUGUACUAAUGGCACUGAGCAGGAAGGGGCUAACAUGAGGGACGAUCAAAGGGUUAACUGUGGGGCGGUGUCAGUGUGCUUCACUUUAAUCACACUGCUUUGGCUGUGCUGUGCUGUGCACAGCCAUCCAAAGCAGUGUGCCCGAGCUGACGGAGGAGAACUGUUAGUAAAUAAAACAGUUCUCCUCCCCAUCGGAGAUCCUCGGAAAUCA